UGGCAAUCAGUUUUUGUUCAGUUUUUCUAUAAAAUUAUUUGAGUGUGCCGAGUGUGCGAGCACUAUUAUAAAAAAUUAUUAAAUUUAUUUUCAUUGUAGUAGAAAUAUGUAAAAUAAUAAUAAUUAAUUUAUGGUUUUAGUUAAAAUAUCAAUUUUUUCCACUUUCACACCACCAUAGUAACGCUAUAAGCAUUGUCUCCUUUUCAAAAUACCCUACUGCUGCCUUAACAGUUUCAAUGGCGCGAAAAGCGAUGAACGAGAGAGCUCAAGUGAACUGAGCAGUGAAAAGUACACUGGCACUGCAACUGCAGGCACUGGCUGAAGUCUGGAUCUGGUCUAGAGUGGCUGGAUCUGGAGAAGCAAUCAUUAUCAUUCAUCGUUUAUUAUUAAAUUCUUCUGACUUCGGACCACUUCGGACGAUCGUGAUGGCUUUUUCAGCAAAAAGCUCUGUAGCCUCGGCCAGUCAUGAACCUAGCAGCAUUUCAGGCAGUGCUAAAGACGAUCUUGAAGUGAUGGAAGUCUGGGUCAAAACCAUGGCUUCAAUCUUCGCAAAAACAUUUUCCCUGGACACGAAAGUUGUGAGAGCCCUUUGCGAGGGUGACAUUCAAGAAGCAGAGCAACUUCCGCCCAAUAUUAAAAAUAUUUAUGAAAGCAUCUAUCAGUUGCUGCCUUGCUAUAUGGAAGGAAAGGAAUUUCUCCGUUCCGGUGAUAUGGAUCGUAAAGACCCAGAUAGCUUCUUUUCAAAGAGGGGAGCACUACUGAAGAUGGCGCAGAUUGACAAACUUGAUGCCUCUAUCAAUUGGCUGGAUGACAUAAUUCCCUACGAUUUUUCUGACGAAAGCCAGGAAACAAAGAGAGGCAUCAAAUUCAUGGAGUACAUGAUCUUGAAAUACAGGAAAAAGAAACGGCAGUCAAAGAAGCUAACCCAGGGUCUUGGAAACGCUUACAAUAAUACAUUUGAGUGUUUUCAAUCAGAAUUUGAUACAUCUGCAGAGGAAUGACCAUGAAGAUUUUGCAAGAAUGGAGAUGCUUUAGUUCCCAUUUACGAAUUAACUGAUAUGGUGAUAUCAUACACUUUCAUGUUUGAAGUCACAAUUUUAAU